AUGGCAUCAGCCAUGCCGUUCUCCGCUGGCCUCGUUUCCCUUGGGUCUCCGCCGCCGCAACGCCACAGCUGCAGGUUCCAGCGAUAUCAGCGACCGGGCACUCUCAUUUUAUCAGGUGGUCUUUCUGACGGAAGGAAUUGUCUUUCUGUAGCUAUAAGGCAUGGUCAGGUUAAAGCUAUGGCUGGAGUGAGCAUGGAUGGCUUGGCACAGCCUCAAGCUCAGGUUGCAGUGGUUACCGGAGCAUCGAGGGGGAUUGGGCGAGCCAUAGCUGUAGCUCUUGGCAAAGCAGGGUGCAAGGUAAUUGUGAACUAUGCCAAGUCAGGCAUGGAAGCUGAAGAAGUGCGCAGAGAGAUCGAGGAGUCCGGUGGCACUGCCAUCACCUUUUCAGCCGAUGUCUCCAUUGAAGCUGAGGUUGAAACCAUGAUGAGAGCGGCAAUUGAUACUUGGGGAACGCUGGACGUCCUGGUGAACAAUGCAGGGAUCACGCGAGAUGCUCUGCUAAUGCGGAUGAAGCGGGCACAAUGGCAGGAAGUAGUGGACGUAAACCUUACCGGUGUUUACCUCUGUGCCCAGGCUGCGGCGGCAGUGAUGAUGAAGAGGAAGAAGGGAAGGAUCAUCAACAUCGCCUCAGUUGCCGGGAUGAUUGGCAACAUUGGCCAGGCCAACUACUGCGCCGCCAAGGCCGGGGUGAUUGGAUUGACCAAGGCCAUGGCCCGGGAGUACGGUGGCAGAAACAUAAAUGUGAAUGCAGUUUCCCCGGGCUGGGUCGCGUCUGACAUGACCGCAAAACUAGGCGAUGACAUCGAGCGAAAGGCGCUCGAGACAAUACCAUUAGGACGAUUCGGCAAGCCAGAGGAGAUCGCUGGACUGGUGGAGUUCUUGGCUGUUCAUCCGGCUGCAAGCUACAUGACCGGGCAGGUGCUCCCAGUUGAUGGUGGCCUGUCCAUUUGA